GGGCCGCGGGCCGGAGCGGGUCGUGCGCGCCGAGGAGGAGCUGCCGCCGCCGCCACCGCCUCCGUCGCUGUAGCUGUUGCCGCCGCCACCGCUACCGAGGCCGAGCGGAGCCGUUAGCACCGCACCGCCGCCGCUCGCCCGCCUCGGAGCAGCCCCGGGCCCGUCCGCCCGCGUCCAGAUUUUUAAACAAUACAAUGUCUAAUGGUUAUGAAGACCACAUGGCCGAAGACUGCAGGGAUGACAUCGGGAGAACGAACUUAAUCGUCAACUACCUCCCUCAGAACAUGACCCAGGAUGAGCUGCGAAGUCUCUUCAGCAGUAUCGGUGAGGUGGAAUCUGCAAAACUCAUUCGGGAUAAAGUCGCAGGACACAGCCUGGGCUACGGCUUCGUGAACUACGUGACCGCAAAGGACGCGGAGAGAGCAGUGAACACGCUGAACGGCCUGCGGCUCCAGUCCAAAACCAUUAAGGUGUCAUAUGCUCGCCCGAGCUCAGAGGUCAUCAAAGAUGCCAACUUGUACAUCAGCGGGCUCCCCAGGAACAUGACCCAGAAGGAUGUGGAGGACAUGUUCUCUCGGUUCGGGCGGAUCAUCAACUCCCGGGUCCUUGUGGACCAGACGACAGGUUUGUCCAGAGGGGUUGCGUUUAUCCGGUUUGACAAACGUUCGGAAGCAGAAGAGGCAAUUACCAGUUUCAAUGGUCAUAAACCCCCAGGUUCCUCCGAGCCCAUUACAGUGAAGUUCGCGGCCAACCCCAACCAGAACAAAAAUAUGGCCCUGCUCUCCCAGCUGUACCACUCGCCAGCUAGACGGUUCGGAGGCCCUGUGCACCACCAGGCACAGAGAUUCAGGUUCUCCCCUAUGGGUGUAGAUCACAUGAGUGGGCUUUCUGGUGUCAAUGUCCCAGGCAACGCGUCUUCGGGCUGGUGCAUCUUCAUCUACAACCUUGGUCAAGAUGCUGAUGAGGGAAUCCUCUGGCAGAUGUUUGGCCCCUUUGGCGCAGUCACCAAUGUGAAAGUGAUUCGCGACUUCAACACCAACAAGUGCAAAGGCUUUGGUUUUGUGACCAUGACAAACUAUGAAGAAGCCGCGAUGGCCAUAGCAAGCCUGAACGGCUACCGCCUGGGGGACAAAAUAUUACAGGUUUCCUUCAAAACCAACAAGUCCCACAAAUAACUCACUCAUGCUUUUUUUGUACGGAAUAGAUAAUUCAGAGUGAAGAAGUUGAAACUUUUUUGUUAGUGUACAACUCAUUUUGCGCCAAUUUUCACAAGUGUUUGUCUUAGUCUAAAUGAGAAGUGAAAAGGUUUUUAUACUCUGAGAUGCAACCAACAUGUUCAAAUGUUUGAAAUCCCACAAUGGUAGACCAACUUUAAGUUUCUUAAGUUAUUUCCUUUAAAAUAUAUAUUAAACAGACAUCUGAGUCGCCUGCGUUGACCCCCCAGUCCCUCGGGAUGCGGUGAAACUGAAGCAUGCUUUAACUCCUGAGACUGUCUGACACCCCUUUCACUCGGUGUCUCCGCAAACUGGAUAAAACAAAGUAACGGCCUUUGAGUUUUCAUUUUUAAUCUAAAAAUGUUAGACAGAUGCUGAGUGUGCGUUUUCUCAACUGCUUCAACAUUUUAAGCGAUUCCUGCUUUGGUUGACACGAAAUUGCUUCCCCAAGCAGGUCCCAUUGCCACCUCCUCUUCACUCAGCCCCGGGCUCUGCCGAGUGGUCCUGGCAUUGGCCUUGGGCCCAUCUGUCGCGGGCUGCCACCGGGGAGGGGGCCGCUCGCCAGGCCAGACCCUCCAGGGGAGGACACGGUGUUUCCUAAGGCCAGGCAUCAGUGGGAACGGACCAAAGAGUUUCAGGGAAACUCCAUAUAUUCCCGAGUCAGACCUAAGCCCAGGCACGCGGAAGAGGUGUUGCUGCUCGGACACCCUGAGCCCCUGCCCACACGCUGCAUGCACGGUGCCCCACACGUCGGAUGUUGUCGUUCGCAGCCAUCUCUCCAGGUUCCAAGAGCAUUUACCAUAGCUCGAAUGCAUAAGAUAGCUCUAUUUUUAAUAACACAAACAUUUGAGCAUUGUAUUUCUCGCAUCCCUUCUCGUGAGUGCUAGACUUCUCUGUUUUAGUCGGAUUUUGUUUUGAAACUUUGCUUUCAUAUGAACACUCAGCAGAAAAGUACUUACUUCUUGCCAAUUAUCUAUUAACAGAAAAAACCCCUUUGAUUUGUAGUUUAAAAGAUUAACCCUCAAAGUUCUCUUCAUAAUUGCUUUGACAUUUUGGGUUGUUCUGUUCUGUUAAUUUUCUUUUGCUUUUUUGUGUUUUUUGUUUUUACUUUUGCAUUUAAGACCAUUAAAUUUGAUUUUGUUUUGCUCAAAUUUUGUUUUGUUUUUUAUUUUACCUUUUCUUUCUUUUUGGCUAGGUGAGGCACAGACAGCCUAGCAUUCAGGGAGGACGUAUAAGAUCUUAAGAAACAAAUACUUGCCUCAAGACAAAGCAUUUACAGCUCUGUGAUGUCGGGAUGUGCGGUCACAGAUGGUGUUUUUCACAACGGGGAGCCAGCCGGGAGAGUGUGAGAGGGCCUGAGAAGUGGCCGGGGCCAGGGCUCCAGGCAACUCCUAAGGAGCAUGAUCCGAUUUUUAUAAAUAACUAGUGUACAGAGAGAAUAAAAAGCAAGAUAACUUAGUACCAGCAGUUUUUAACUUGACAUGAGACUAAAACAUAAUGAUCGGCUGUUUUUUAGUUAUCAAGAUCAUGGAAUUGCAGCAGCAUUUAUUUGUCUGUCUGUCUGUCUGUUUAUUUAUUUAUUUAUUUAUUUAUUUAUUUAAGUGGGUGGGGCAGGUCGGUGUUCUGAGAAGCCCUUGAUAAGUUGAAGGCUGUCUGUCCCCGCCCUGUCACCCCCAUGCCCUGUGGAGGGCUGCUAGCCACCUGCAUCAUCCUUCCCACAUGUGAGAAGGUGCCGUGUUCUUUUCCCACUAAAGGCCAAGUUCAUGCCUUGGGGCCUUGUCUUACAAGUUGGCCUGUGCCACAGAGGGCCGCCUCCCUCCAGCACAAUCUAGGUCCUAAGUCAGAGGCAGCUGGCAUGCCUCCUCCUAGAGCCCAGAACACAAGGAGGGUCCCCGCUCUGUUGCCCCAGAGUGCUCCUCACCCUAGGACUGGGAUGUUUUUCUGGAAAGUAUGCCUUUCCGGCUGUGUGACCGUGGGCCAGCAGCCUCUCAGAGGUGAGAGUCCCAGUUCUGAAACUGACCCUCCAACCUCCUUGUGGACCCAUGUCCCUGGCGGCCUCGCAGCUGGCGCCCCAGCCUCCCCCAACCCCUUCCCACCAUUUGGACCCGAUUGAUGGUUCUGAUGCUGGCCCAGGUGAGAAGGAGAUGUGAAGUGCUGUGAGCCUUUGAAAGCUGCCUGAAGUUGCUCAGGUCAGUAGAAUUCUCACAUUACGUAGUCACCCCGCCUUCUGGCCAAAACCCCAGUGGGUUUCUUGGGAGUUUGGAUGUGCAGGUAUGUGGCAGGAUUCUGCUUUUGACAUGUUUCUCCUAAAAAGCAGUUGACACUCCUGCCUGGGUGCCGGGUCCUUGCUCUGUGUCCAUGAAGUUCAUUUCAUCUCCUCCAAGCUUGUUUGCAAAAGGAGAAUCCUUUUUUUAAAGUCACAGUCUAAAAGAAAUCUUUUAAAAAGCUUUGCAUGGAUCGAUCAUAUUUGUAUUUCACAAAAUGAGUGCUCUUAUUUGGGAAUUCAGUGAAAAGGAAUUAAGAGUAGGUAAAGUUAAUUUAUCAGAAGUUUAGUUUGGUACAUAAAUACCAGGGCUUUGAUUGAAUUCUCUUGGCCUGUGUAACUCACCCUAACAGUUGUAGGCUAAGCAGCUCUGAACUUGUGAACCUGGUUCCAGUUCAGUUACCUGUUUUUCACCCUUGGCUCUGUCCCUUAGUGUUCACUGUAAUGUGCUAGGCUGUGAUUUUCUGCACUGGCUGUGCCUCUCAUCAGCAGAUGGUGCUGGGUGAGCUCCGCCUUCCUUGAUCAGAGGGUUAGCCUUUCCCUUGUCCAAGAGCUGCCUUAACCUUUGAGAGCGUGCCCUAGGUGUCAGUGCGGGGCACCGGGUCCCAGUGCUGCGCCAGGCUGCCGUGGAAGCGGCCCCUCGAAGCGGGCAGCUGAGAGGGCCCCGCUGGCUCAGACAAGCAGAGGAAUCUCCUGAGACCGUGACAGGCACCACCUUAUUCCAGGGUCCUCCACACGGGGGCCGUUGCCGGGCCUGAGUCCGCUGUCGGUCUUGAAAAUCAAAGUUAGCGUUACCCGGCUGUCCUAUUUCAUAUCCAAUUCAGCCUCAUUGUAUUUUCCUCUGCUUCUUGCAGCCUUCCUGGGUUGGGUGAAAGAGUGAGAAUAAGCUGCCCCGCUCCCGCCCCAGCCCUGCACCUGCACUUCUCCCACCGUCCCAGGGCUAGGGCCCCGCUCUCCCUCCCAUUCAUCAGACCCCCCAGGCCGGCCACACCUGAGGCCACCAGUGCUUUCUGCUGCGUGGCCUUGGUGACGGACCCCUGGUGACGACGGCGGCAGCGCCCGGGCCCCAGAUCUUCCGCAGGGUUGAAGGUUCUAAACCUUUUGAUGCGCCUCUGACUUCUGAUGAUUGUAGUGUCUACUUUUCCACAACCUUUUGGUGACAUAGUCCAGUUUUCUGCUUAGUCAUUUUUAAAAAAGAAAACACUUGUAAGUCACUGCCAGGCCCUGUCUUAGGCAAGCCGAUGGCCUGAGCCGUGAUGCUGAGAGGGCUGCGUCGCACCUCCCCCUCUCC